AUGAGUCUUGAACCACUUAGCGAAGGAGAACUUGCUAAAAAAUACCGGAAAUAUCAUAAGCUACUAGAAGGCUUGCUAUGGACCGCUCAGGAAGUUGAUAUCUCACAGGAUCGCAGGGAUUGGGAUUUCAAAAUGAGUCCAGAGGAACGGCACUUUAUCAAAUUCCAGAUAGCCUUUUUCGUUAGAGCGGACAUAGACGUUCUCAAUAAUUUGGAUGAAAAUUUCGGGGAUGAGAUCGACUGUCUGGAAGCCCGUUGCUACAUCACCACCCAGAAAUACCAAGAAUGCGUCCACAUAGAGGGCUACAACCUCCAGACGGAGACCCUGCUAGACGAGAAGUCCCUCCAAGAGGUAUUGAAAGCCUUUCAGUCUUGGGAUGCAGUGGCUCGGAUGCGGGCCUGGGUUUUGAAAUGGUUUGACCGUGUCGUCCCUAUAGAGCACAGGCUCAUCGCUUUUGCGGCCGUAGAAGGGGUUUUGUUUAGCGCCAGUUUCGCCUCUCUGCAGUGGCUCCGUGAGCGCAAACAUUUGCCUGGAGUCACAACUUUCAAUACUUUCAUAGCCCGAGAUGAGGGGGUCCACACUCUCUUUACCUGCUUACUGGUUAGAAGCUAUUUGAGAAAGAAACCUCCGCAACAUAUCGCUGAAAAAAUCUUCUCUAGUGCCGUAGAGACUCUGGAUGGGUUCGUGGAUGCCUCUCUGCCCGCCUCCCUGCGGGAUAUGAACCCCGAUUCUUUGAAGCGUUAUGUAUGCUUUCAGGCGGAUUGUGUGCUCAAGACGAUGGGGUAUAGGGGCAUGUAUAAUGGGACCAAUCCCUUUCCUUUUAUGGAUAAGCUAACAUUGAACGAAUACUCGAAAUUAAACUUCUUUGAAACUCAAGUGACUCAGUACCAGACGGUAGUUAGCCCCGGGGCCGCUCGUCUCGCUUUAAAUGGACGGCGAGACCGGGGUGCAGACUCUUCUGUGGCCGUGGAAGAAGAUUUCACCCAAGAAGACCUCUUGCAGAAAUUGGUAGUUUUUAACGAAAGUAUCAUGCAAUAUCUGGUCUUUGAUUCUGAAAGAGAUUUCUGGAGCUAUCAUCGCGAAACUUCAGAAAAAUUGAGAAAUUUCCAUGAAGUGAUAUUUGGUUUUCAAACUCAACGGCUCAAGUUUGACUUAGGCAUAUCAGUCGAUAAAAAAAAUGACAUAAACAUUCUGGAGGUCUUAAAAACAAUAAUAGGAUGCAUCUUGGCCUUGCUUCAUGAGUAUUAUUCUGGAACGCAAAAGAUUUUAUUUACUUCCCAAGAUUUAGGAAUUACGGAUUCCAGCGGAGAGACGACCACGAGCUACAAACAUUCUUACCACAUAAUAGUGCUUUUCUAUGCGUUUUCGGACAACAUAGAAACUUCGGCAUUCACCAGAAAGUUGCGGGAACGCUUGCCACCAGAGUUCCGCCCUUAUUUGGGGAGUGAAACAUUGGGCGUGACUAUUCCACGCUCUUGGAGUGAGCUUUUUAUUGCGAAUCGAGAGGGCUUGCAGGGCAUCGCUAGAGCUCGUAGCGAAGCUUGGAAUAUCGGAGGGCUUCCGAACGAAAAAAGAGAAUUCGCCCGGGAGUUGGAAGAUUAUAGAGAGGUGCCGCCAUGCAGAAAAAGGAGGUUUGUUGGGGUGGUCCAUGAGAAAGACUGGACUUGGGAAGUGCACGCCUCACCAAACCAAAGUGGUUUUCCUAGGAAAAGUCAGCAAGCGAGGCUUCUUGACCACAUAGAGAAAAUAAAUUCCGGGGAGAUCGAUCCAUGGCAGAACAUAGAAAGAGAAUUGAGCCGACUCCCACCGGAACCCCAGAGAAGAGAAUACACGAACAGCGAUAUGCUGCCAUAUGAACUGGUAGAUACUUUGGCUGUACGGGCUCAAAUGAAAUUGGGGAAAACUAAAGCUCUACGAACGUUUCUAGAUCAAUACUUUCCUGAAGAAAGCCUUAAAGACAGUGUAAUCCGAUUCGUCACUUUCAGACAGACCUUCAGCAACUCUUUGCAAGAACAAUUUCCAGAUUUCAGUCUUUAUUCCGAAAUCCAAGGAGAUCUCGACACAACGACCUACCCUCGCCUCAUAGUUCAGAUCGAGUCCCUCCAUCGCCUAAAAAUGUCGGCUCGGCCCGAGCCCGUUGACCUGCUCAUACUGGACGAAGUGGAAUCCACUUUGGCCCAGUUUAGUAGUGGGUUGCAUAAGAACUUCGUGGCCUCUUUUGCUGUUUUUCAAUGGAUGUUGCGCACUGCGAGACAUGUGAUUUGCCUCGAUGCAAAUCUUUCUGAUCGGACUUUCUGCACUUUAGAAAGAAUGAGACCUUCUCGACCGAUCCAUCUACAUUGGAAUAGGUUCCCGCGUGCGCAAGACGAUCAGUUUUAUUUCACCAUGGAACAGGCUUCCUGGUUGCGAUGCUUGUACGACCGCGUCGGGGCCGGCAAGAGGGUAGUCUUGCCGGUUAACAGCCUAAAAGAAGCCAAGACUCUCGAGGCGUGUCUGAAAGAAAAGUAUCCGCAGAAGAACGUUGCCUUGUACAGUAGUGAGACCCUGCCUUCGGUGAAGACGAAACAUUUCGGCGACGUGCAUUUGUAUUGGAAAAGCUUGGAUAUUUUGAUUUACACGCCCACCGUUUCGGCAGGAGCAGAUGCUGGCGAGCGUGCGACGUAUAAAAACGCAACGAUAUCAUAUUUGCUUGUGGACUAUGGGGGGCCCAGUCUUUCCCGACAGAAAUUUCUGAGAUCCGCGAGCACAUCUACGACCAGCGUUCCAGUUUAUUUCGCGACACUUCGGACCCUGCCCUCAUGUUUGAAUCAGGUGGCGUCCACAGGGGCCCGGGUGCAAGCCUUGCCUUUGGUAGAGGAGGGGGAGGAGAUCGUAAACUCUCACCGUAGCAUCGGUCGGCAUAUGGAGCUAUCUAGGCUAGAAGCCAUGGCCUCUGCACCAGAACUGUCUUCAGAUGAAGCCACUGUGGUCCGGGAACGGCUGGAUGCUCAAGAAGAUGUGGAGCCCCCUUGUAUCAAGCCUAUCAAAAAUUUCAGGUCAGGGAGUUCUUCUCGUGGCAUGGGCGCCCCUUGGAUGCGAAAUUUCUCAAAAAUUAUUGGAAAGACUCUGCUUACAAAAUUUAUAAGAAUCUCAACCGGAUAA